GCGGGGCCCGGUCUCCACAGAGAGCCUGUCUGCAAGAUAGAGGCCUCCUCCAUCACGGGGCCUCUCAAGUCUUCUCCAGCGACAGAGAAGACCCCUCCUCAGGAAUCAUUCGUCUCCCAAGUGCCAUUAAGAUUACAGAUCAAAGUGUCUGGCCAGAGAGGUAGUUUGGGGAUCAGCAUUGCUGGUGGGAAAGGCUCUCUGUCUUACAAAGAGCACGACGAGGGCAUUUUCAUUUCCAGAGUGAAUAAAGGCGGGGCGGCAGAGAAGGCAGGGAUCCAUGUCGGAGAUAGAUUGCUGGAGGUCAACGGCCUCAACAUGCAGGGGGCGACCCACCAGGAGGCGGUGAGCGCCCUCAGGAAUGCUGGGAGCUGCGUCAAGAUGAAAGUGCUCAGAGAUCGGCUGCUACCUCCAGAGGUGUGUGACCCCGAUAAGCCUCAGGAUCCUCAGGACGUGACGAGACGACAGCUGUGCAGCCAGGACGGAGGGGGAGGAGGAGGAGGAGGAGGAGGAGGAGGAGGAGGAGGAGGAGGAGGAGGAGGCCAGAGAGGCAAACAGACACUGAUGGAGAGCGCAGAGGAUAGUUUGUCCAGGAAGACUGAGGCGGUCUUCUGCAACGGCAAUGGCACUUCUGACUUGGAGCACGACUUGAAAAGGACCUUGUCUGAACUAGAUUCAGAGGCCUUGAUGAAAAAUGAUUCAUUUCAAGGGAAACACACAAUGACAAUCCCGCGGAUCAUCCUCACUCAUCCCUCUACCUCAGAUGAAGACGUGGAGCCCUUGACACAGAGCCCCAACAGGGAGCCGCCACCUGACUUUGACAUUCCUCGCAGACGUGUGCGCUCCGCCUGUUUCGACAGCGCUUUCUACCCACCAUGACCGCGGCCCAGGGAUGCUGACGCGAAAGACGCAGACUGGCAUCACCCAGCUCCUCGUCUGAAGCAUGUUCAGUUGCCGUCGGUGGAUAAGCGUGAAACAGACUUUUGGAAUGUAUUUUUCUCUGUCAGUCAGGUUCAACUGCUGCUAAUAAUAUUUCAAGAUACCGAAGUCAGUUACAAGAUCAGACGACUUUCAGGCUCAUUUUUUAUUACACUAAUGUACAGCUUCGCCUGUGCAGCUACACCGAGCAGAGACGAUAAAGCAGGGCCAAGCUGCUCUCUAAAAAGUAGUCAAUUUAUUGCUGAAUGCUGCCGGCUACCUCUGCUUCAUACCACUGCGCUGAUGUCCUAGAAUGAAUUGCGUCUGCGCCUGUGAUAAUGAGAAGCCCUCAAACUUUUUAUAGUCUGCCCCGAGAUAAAAUGCCACGCGGCCGCCUGCAGAGUCCUGAGACAGACUGAACAGUGCUUCACAUGUUCACACACCUAAGCUAAACUGAGACCGCUUUAUGAGACGAAGACAAAGUGACCAGACAUCAAGCUGGAAGAAUUUGUAAUCUCGCCUCGGAAGCCUAGAAUUUGCGAGCUGUAAAUGUCAGUCAGUACCCGCCUCGUGUUAUUUCACAGCUUUUACGUUCCCGCAGUAACAACAGCUCGUCCUUCAAUGUUCACUUUUCUCAAUAAAGCGCAGAUAUUGCCCAGAGAGGCUUUUCUUUUCUUUGUGCUGUCUAACAGACAAAUCCGUGCUGAUGUUGAUCACGUCUGUGUGUGCAGGGGGAGGAAAGCCGCGAACACGUACGCCUGCAAAGUUUCUGCGCUUUAGUGAAGGAACCGUGUGAAGACUAACUCCCAUCAGUUAUUAUGGGCACAGUGUCAGAGAGGUGUUGAGAC